AUGAAUAUUGAAAAUUAAUAAUAGCACCAAUUGUAAAAGAGAAUAAAAGAAAGGUUUGUUUACGAGGCCAAAUUUUUAGUCGAUUAAUGGAGAUCUAUUUUUGAACAAAGACACCUUUAAGAUGGAAAAAUGAUCAAGUACACUCUCGACCAAGCUGCUGAUAUUGUAGGAAUCUCAAGAAAAACAUUAGAAGAUUAUUAUUAUUGUCUGAAAAAAGCAGAGAAAAUAAUUGAUAUAAAUUAAUUUAUGAAUUGUAAAAUGGGAGUAAUCCGAAGAAUUAUAAAAGAACAUAAGAAGUAAAUUGAUGAGUAAAAUUUAAUGGAUACAAAUUAAUUCUUCGCCUUAGAUGAAGAAAAUAAAGAGCCAAGAAAAAAUAGUUUUGAAUACGAUGAUUGAGUAACAAUGAUAAUAUAUAUUUGUGU